AUGGUGUAACGCCAUGUUAGAAACAAAACGCUGAAAUACUUCAACAAUUAGUUUUAUUCAGUGAGAUACCCAAAAUCCUGAAUCGCCAUUUACUCAAAAAUAACAUCUAGUCAAUUUUAUGUUACCUACGAAAACACUAGACCUAGGGCCCUUUCAAUAUCCUUGUUGUCCUUUAUCGUUUGCUAGGUCCACAGAGACUGGGCAAAGAAGAAUCCCAAUCGAAAGUCUGAUGACUACGUUACACAUUAUUAUGGCAAUGGUGAAAUAUGUGAUCUUACUGGUAUGGCAAGAACUGUACAAGUUAAACUGAGGUUGGUUUAACUAGUGGAUGAUUCUAGCUAUACAGACGAAAUUUUGAUCUCGGACAUUUGAUUCGGGCUCGGAUUUGACUCGGUUAACCGACAAACUCCCAAUGAUAUCAGUUGAUUCUGCAUGGGCAGGCUGGAAUAUUACUUACAUUUUAACUUACAGGUGUAAGAAAUCCAAUCAUCUGCAAGAAGUCUCAAUCUAUUUAGUGGAACCAAACCCAUGCCAGUAUAUUCUUGGGGUAAGCCAACAUUAUUCUUUUAUCAAUUACAUAAGUACAUCGAGUUUACUCCAUCAUCAGGUGACAAAAUCUAGAAAUUGUAAUCUAAAAACUUUGUGCAAUUAAUUGUUUAUUUUCCCUUUUUUUUCUCCGUUCAGGUGGAUUCUCCUAUUCUUUGUCCUCUGAUUAAAAACGCUGACGAAGACGGAAUAUUUCCAACGACACUUUAA